GAAAUCUGCUGCAAACUCCAGAUCAUCACCAUGAAGCUCAUCCUGUCGCUCACCCUCCUCUGGGCUUUCUCCAGCACAGCUGGAGCAAUCAGGUGUCAAGUAUGUACCGAUGUCAAUGACCUGGACUGUGCCUUCGGCGGGAGAUUCGAGUGUCUAGCCGGCGAAGUCUGUUUCAAUGCAUUCGUCAGAGAAGCCACUGGAGUACAGAGAAUCUACAGGAGAUGCGCCAGUCCCGAGAGUUGUCCAGUCACCGGCCCGCUGGUCGUUGCAGCCAACGUGGGAACGAUUAACGCAACUGCAGUUGCUGAGUGCUGUGACGACGCAGACGAUUGCAAUGAAAGGGUCCUUUCUUUCCCUCCUCCUCCAGAAGCAAAUAAUCUAACAUGCCCUGCUAUAUGUGAUGAGGGCGAUGCCGGCUGCAACCCAGUGGUGAACUGUAACGGAGAGGAGGACACCUGCUUUCAGUCAGACAUUCUGAAGGAUCGUCAAAGGAUCACCGUUGCCGGAUGUGGAACUUCCAAUGUGUGCAACAUCGCCAAUGAGAUCCGAUUUGUGCCGUUCCUGGAAGAAGUGGGUACAGUUCUGUUUACGCCAACCUGCUUCUCUGCCACGACGACACCUGCCCCAACCACCACCACCACCACCACCACCACCACGCCCGAGCCGACCACCACAUAUGAGCCGACCACCACAUAUGAGUCGACCACCACAUACGAGCCGACUACUGUGUACCAGCCACCUACUGGGCCCGGUGCCCAGACGACCGUCAAGAAGACGCCAAUUGCCGUGUUGGCAAAAUUCAAAGUCUUGCUGGCGAUCAUACGGUCACUGUCGCUCCAGAUCAACCGGGCGCUGCUCCAGCAGCAGGCCGUGGUGAUUUUACAGCUGCACUUCAAGAUCCUCGAUGACCAAAGCCGACUGCUGGCCCAGCAGGAGGGCCUGCCGAUCGACCACCACCACCAGCUGCCGCUGUACUACCAGCAGUGCCUGCUGGUCAACAACCACCAGCUGCUGCUCCAUCAGAUCCACUACGCUCUCUGCGGGCAACAAAACCUUCUGGAGCUCUUCCAGAAGCAGAAGCAGGCUCUCUACCAGCUCCAGGCCCUGCUCCAGGCCUACCACUACCACCUGCUGCCCCACUACGCCGGUCACGUGCAGAGCUACUGCGAUCACGGCAACCACGGCGGCCACGGAGGUGGAGACUAACUCUGGCUCUCUUUAAGUCACUUAGAGGUCAUCAACAUCAAUAAUCACUCUGUUUGAGUGUUGGUUUUGAUUUCUCUCGGUAAGAUUAUAGUUACUGUUCUUCAGUUCAGUUCUGGGGUUUCAGUCAAUCAGGUUUCUCUUUAUGCUCUAUAAAUAGUUGUGAUUUUUCUCUUUUGUCUAAU